UUUUGUAAAAAAGUACAACACAAACUCAAACACAUAGAAACAAAGAGGCACGCCCUCUUCUGUGAACGACGUAAAAGCAGUGAAAAUCAUGCUCAGUCAAGGGUUGUUGCUCGCACAUGCGGCGGCGCGAUCACUUCCAGGAUGUGCGUCCCUCCACCGUGCCACUGUCAGCGUGCUCAGGCUGCAGACAGCGAGCUCGCAACCUGGAGGCCGGCGGCAAUGUCGAUCGCACACUACUGCGAUUCUCAGAAGCAGCAGCAGCGUCCUCACACAGCAGCCGGUGCCGCAGCAAGCCAGCCAGAUCACCGCUGGCCAAGACCAGCGUGAGCAGAUGGGUGCAUUUGUACCAUUGCAUCCGCGCGCCAUGCUGCCGCGACGACCGCCGUCUCACCUCGUGUGUCGAGUGCAAGAAGCGAAACCAACCAGCGCCACUGCCAAUCGACUGCCGCUGAACCGCAAGCCAGAACAACCCAGUCGUGGAUUGGCUGCCAAGUCCGCAAGAAAGUCUACCAACAUUCUCGAUGACGAGGAGGAGGAGGAGGAGGAGCAGGAGGCGGCGGUUUUGGCCAAAGAACUGAAUGACCAACACCACGCAGACGCCGCGAUCGCCGCCGCCCAGCCGCCGCUGUGGGCUGUGGCAGACGUUGAAAAUGGCCGGAUUCUGUUCUUGAGGCUGAUGGAGGGUGGUCGGCUCCACCUCGAAGCGGCCCUCGGCACCAAUCGCGUCACGUUCGACUGGGAUCCCAUUCAUCGGUACGCCCAGAGAGUCGUGCUUCCCUUCCACGAAAGGCCAGAACAAUCCUGGUGCUUUACGCCGCUCGAGUACACACAGCCAAUCACGUCCUUUGAUAGUACCGGCAUCAUGUCGCCCAGCAAAAUCUGGUCGCCUGCACCGCAGACCCUGCUCGUCGCCGACUCGGGCGCUGGGCGUGUCUUGCGAGUAAAUACGGUCGAUCGCACAGCAACUACGGCCGUUAUCGCGUCAAAGCUGAUUCGGCGCUUGUUUGCAUUGGCGCCGACCAUGCGCGGCAGCCUUUUCGAACCGGCGGAUUCCACGUUGGAUGUUCCGACUCUGAAACACAUCAAGCACUACCACUCCAACUUGUUCGGGCCGCUGAUCCACAGACCGCAGUCGAUUCACAAGACUGCGGCAGUAGAGCAUCUGGCUUUGUGUGCGACUGGUCUUGCUGCCAACACGACCACUGCGACUACGACUGUCGACCAGGUGCUGCCCGUCCCCGCUGAGGAACUCGUUGCCGACGCACGCGACCAAAUUGCAGCCAACCAUUGCAAGACUCUGCAAGUGGACUGGGUUGCACCGCCUGCGCUCGACUCCAGUGACGAAUCGUCCGACCUGCACAACUUGUACGCUGCGCUUGAAACAGGUCGGAUUCACCAGGGCUUGGAGUCGCUCUCAGUGUCAUUCCCUUCGGGUCAGCCGCCCUUCACCAAUCCGAGUGUGCCAGUUUUGAAGCCGCUGAUGCCGUACGCCGCUCGCUCCGAUCUGCCCGUGCCUGUGGUGUGGCACAGCGUCCUGCAGCUCGAGCCUGGCGAGCACAUCAUCCCCGUGCAAGUCUCGCUGACAGACACCACACUCGCCCUUCCACGACCUCCAUCUCUUUCAUAUAGUAUCGCUGGCUCCAUGACCGACUUGCACCUCCUUCGAGCCAUGCAUUUGCCCCCAGACACAAUCACUGCCUUCGAGCGUGACGAGAUGGAGUUUUUCGACUCGUCAGACAUUCCUCCUCCAGUGCUGCCUGCCACCAUGCCUGUCAACCAGCCUUAUUUAUAUGUUUCAGCGUUUCCGGGCACUGGAAGGAUAAACCUCAACUUGCACGUGUUUUUAGGCCCAGCCACAGUCACAGGAGCGAGCGAUGGCGUCAGUGCAUUCCAGCUCGUUCACGUCGAAAUUCCAGUGCGAGUGGUCAAGCCUGCCGUGCCGAGCUCGGAACCCCAAGCACCGCCCCAAAUCCGGGUUGUGCUUUCCAAUUCCUAAACUCUUAGGGGCAUACUUUGCCACAUUGUACUGUAUACUCGAUUUGCGUCAACUAUCAUCGUUCCAACAAUCACAACUUGGACCAGGAACCUUCAAAACACUCGUUUCAGCC